UUGUUGUCAAUGGUUUCGUUCGGUUCGCGUCGCGGAAAAUCGACCUAAAACUACGGAAAACAAGAUAAAACUACGACGCGACAUCCGCAGCGAUCUGCAAUGCGCUCCAGUUGAGGGCGCGGCGAUAACUAUGUGCGUGUGGGAGCGAGUGCGAGCAUAGCCCACCAGUGAUCAGUGAUUCCGCGGGAGCAAGCGACGACCAGAAAUCAGCCUCCAGCAAUUAGCCAGCCACCAAUGAGCACAGGGGAAAGGGAAACGGAGGAGCACCUGGAUCUGGACCUAGAGUCGUGCUCCCUGCUCAGCCCGCAGGACCAGGACCCGUCGAACGUCGAUCCCGGCAGGACACGCGCUAAGCAGCGCCUCAGCUUGAACGGGAAGCGGCGACGUAGCCGGAUGUCGCGCAGGGCCAAUCUGAUAGGCAUCUGCGGCGUGAGCAGCCUGUGCAUCCUGCUGCUGAUCGCCACCACCCAGCACCGUCCGCUGACCACCCCAUUCAACCAGGCGGCUGGCCGGGAUCAGGGGGCGGGCGCCGGAGUGGGCGCGCCCGUGGAUGGGGGUCCUUCCAACUCGCUGGCGCGCAGCGCCUUCUACGACCGCUUCCAACAGCAACUGCAGCAGCAGCAGCAGCCGUCGCAGACGGUCGUCUACAACCUGACAGCUACUCUAGUGGAUGUCCUGUCGGCUCAACGGUCGCGCAUCCUGGCCGAGAUGGAGAACUUUGAGUACCCGCGCGGCGGGGCCGAGCGCCUGGCGGACAUGACUCCGGAGACGAACGGCACCCCAGUGCGCAGUGUGGUGGUCACCUCGUGGCGCUCCGGCUCCACCUUCCUGGGCGACAUCCUCAACUCGAUCCCGGGCAACUUCUACCACUACGAGCCGCUGCUCGACUUCGGCAUCAAGCAGAUCCGCGACCCCGACGACCAGGAGCUGGCUGUGCAGAACCUGAAGAACCUGCUCAACUGCGACUACGCAGACAUGCUAGACUACCUGAACUUCGGCAAGACGCACACCUAUCUGUUCGAGCACAACACCCGGCUGUGGGACGUCUGCCGGGAGUUCCCGCGCUUCUGCUGGCGGCCGGCCUUCCUCACGCGCUUCUGCCGCCUCUUUCCCAUCCAGAGCAUGAAGACCGUUCGCCUGCGCCUCGCCCAGGCCGAGAAGCUGUUGGAGGACCAAAGUCUCUCCAGCGUGCGGAUCGUGUUACUGGUGAGGGAUCCGCGGGGAACAAUGCAAUCGAGGCGACAUCGAGUGUGGUGCGGAGGCAACGAGGACUGCGAGGAUCCUCGCCUGGUGUGCCAAGAUCUGCAAGAUGACUACAAGACUGCUGAGCAGCUGUUACAAAAAUAUCCAUCUCGAUUUAGGACUGUUCGUUAUGAGGACUUAUCUCUGAGCCCCAGUGAAAUGACCCAGGAUAUUCUACAGUUCUAUGGCCUGCCGUUUGAUCCUGCCGUGGAGGAGUUCUUGGACACGCACACUAAGGUGAACAUUGGAGGUGUCAGCUCCACAUAUCGUGAUUCCAGAUCAGCACCAUUCCAUUGGAUGCAGGAUCUAAAGCCAGAAGAGAUCAAACAAAUCCAGGAUGUUUGUGUCGAUGCUAUGGACUUGUGGGGCUAUCGUCGCAUUGAGAGCUUCAGCAACUUCUCAACCACACAGCAGACUUUCGAUCCAAUGGUGAUGCCGCCACCGUUCACGUGAAGCGGUCCUAGUGUUAGCUGAUCGUUUACGAUAACUGAUAAUGAUAACUAAUUCUUCUACUUGGUACAUUUUGUUGUGAUAUCGUCGUGUUGAGCGAGCAAAAAGAAAUAGGAAAAGAACGGAAGAAGCGAGAGGUGUAGCGAUUGGAUAGAGGAAGAGGUGCAUUGUGAAAACCCAUUCAUAGCUGGCACAUUUUUGCUAAACACGCAAACACACUUAACUGAGCAAUAGUUAUUAAUAUAUAUAAACUGAGUAUACAAUAUGAAAUGCAUAAUUUUAGUAAUUGGCGAAUUUUGUGUAGAGAGUAAAGCGGUACGAAAACCAGUCGAAUAUCAGAUUUACAUUUAGGCCUAGAAUAUAAGCAAACAAUAACUGAAACCUUAGUCUAAAUAGGGCUGCGUAUAGUGGAUUGUUUACUUGGCUUUUUGAUGUAAAUUAUUUAGGCAAACAACUUUUGUAAUUCAGCUUAACAAGUGCAAUGAAAUCCAGUGACUUAGCAUCUAACACAACCAAAACGUAUCAGAGAGAAAAAUUAAUCGAGAUGCAAUUAUACACCCAUGUUUGGCAAACCAAAAACCGUGCAAUAUUAUCAAAUCGGAAACACUUAAAUCACGCUAAUUCAAUAUAGACACGAAUUUUUUAAUGAAAAUUAAAACUAAAAAAUGCAUUAAGAUGAGCAAUGCGCACUCAAUUCCUACUCAUAAGUUUCCUUAGGCAUAAAUUAUUUGUAUGGUUAUUUAGUUGUAAUUGUAAUUAAAUUGUACUAUACUUUAUGUCCUUACUAUAUAACUGAGUUAUACUCGUUUUCUUUUUCCAAAACGAAGUCCAGUAAAUCGAUCAAAUUGGCAACAAAAUUUGUUAAAAGAGUAUUUGGAUUGUUUAAUAAACUGAAAAAUCCAGCAAUAUUUGCAUAAUUACACUUAUUAAGCAAGAUACCAACUGAAUAAACACUGAAUUAUGAAAAUUA